AUGCCAUUCAGCUACUCAUGGGACUACGAUUACACCCUCAGCCAUUCUUGGUUGGUGCAGAAGAUCGAAAUGGUCAUCGAAUUGGGCACUAUACUUAUCUCUGCGGUGUUCUACAUUCUGGUCAUCAUCGCACUAUAUCAUACUCGAAAGCGUUUCAUGGCCAGCUCGAGUAGUCAUGCUGAGAUAAAAAUACUUGUUCAAGCGCUUGUAAUUACCGUCUAUUGCACCGUGCUCAAUUUUCUAUGGCAUAAUUCGCAGACAAUUCUCCCGUCGAAUAUCUGGUCCUAUAUGGCCCUGAAUAUGAUGUGGAUUCUCAAUAGUGGAGUGUAUCCAAUCAUCUAUUUCAUUGCGAAUCGGUGA